UGCGUGGCAGGAAGAUAAGCGGGCCUAUCCGCAACCGGGCUUAUCCAAGGGGCCUGGAUAUGCGGCGGACCACAAGCUGUUAUAUAGAGAGAGCCGAGCGAGCGGCGAUCCAAUGAGUGAUUGCUCGAUUCAACGUGCACUUGAAUAGCAGAGCGCACUCCGCCUCGCACCUGUGCUCUGAGCAUCUCGAGAACCAUGGCCAAUUUCUGGGCCCCGUGUUGCUCCGUGGUCCUGCUGGCGGCGGGCCUGGCUACUGCCACUGAUGAGCAUAGCGCAAGACCGCAGCGGUCCGGCGACCCGGGGGCAAUUUUGGAACAAUUGGAGCAAACGUGCUUCGCUAACUCCCAGAUGACACCAGAAGAGAGCGCCACCGUGCUGAACCUCCAGAGACAACAAGCCGAAGAGCACGGGUCUCGCCCGCACCAGCCGACGGACUUUCUGGAAUACGUUGACCGUCACGCACCCAGCACCGAAAUAGCCCAAGGAAUCAGGUCGAAGUUCCAGGCGUUCACAACCUGUUUCGCUCAAGAAACGGCAAAAUUGAUGCUGUUCGGUCCUACAACUCCGCAAUGAAUCGUCGUUUCCAAGCAAACAAAACAGGAGAUAAAUGUAUUAACAGAAGACAGCGCUCAAGGUCUUUCUAAUAAACAAGGUGAUGAAGCUGAGAA